UAAAAUCUUGUGUAAUCUAAGCAUCCGGUUCAGAAAAAAAAAUCACAUAAGCUGCCGCUGGCUCCACUUCUCUCUCUGGGGCAGAAGCCACAAGAUCCCAAUAAAGAUCCAGACCUCACGCAGAGAGAGAGAGAGAGAGAGAGCAGGGAAGAGAGAGAACGAAAUUAGAAGGGGAGAUGUUGCUGAGGAGUUCUUCCACCCCAAUCCUGAGAUCUCUCCUCUCUUCCUCCCCUUUCUUCUUUGAAAGCCCAAACAAUAAAAGCUGCCAUCAGCAUAACUUGGAGAGAACCUCCUCCUCCUCCUCCUCCUUCCCUCAUGCCAUCUCCCACCACCCCAACCCCUCCCUCCACUGCUGCUUCUCCCCCAUCUCCGACUCCUCCGAUUGCGACGCCUCCUCUCUUGGCUUCCGAAGAGCCCUCUCCGAAGGCAACCUCAAAUCCCUCCUCCCCGAUGACUCCCACCGCCACCACCCACCCAUCAAAUCCUCUUCCUCCGGCCGCCGAGCCAACCGCGUUCUGAAGACCAUCCCCUCGUUCUCCAUAUACAGUUCCAAAGAAGAAGAGGAAGAAGAAUCGCAGGAAGAGGAAGAAGAGGGCGGCGGUGGGCUCAAAAGAUCGGUCACGAUCGGAGAGACCAUCACCGGAGAAUUCGGAUCCUCAUGCGUGAAUCAAAAAGUCGGCUUGGGCGAUAAUUCUUGGGAUGGGAAUGCGUUGCCGCCAUUGUUCCUGGCCAGAGGACCCGGGAUCGAUCGGCUGGGCUCGGGAAUCUUGGAUGCCGGUAAUGGUAGUGGUGGCAGCGGCAAGUGUACUGUUCUGACCGGCAAUGGAGGAGAGCAGUCCGAUAUGGAGACUUACUAUAAGAAGAUGGUUGACGAGAACCCGGGCAAUGCUCUGUUCCUGAGAAACUAUGCUCAAUUUCUCUACCAGGCCAAGGGAGAUCCUCAAAGAGCUGAGGAGUACUACUCACGUGCUAUACUUGCAGACCCUGGCGAUGGAGAGAUCCUGUUACAGUAUGCUAAAUUAGUGUGGGAGCUGCACCAUGAUGAGGAACGAGCUUCUAGUUAUUUUGAAAAGGCAGUUCAGGCCACUCCUCAUGAUAGCCAUGUCCUUGCAGCAUAUGCUGGGUUCCUGUGGGAAACGGAGGACGAUGACGGAGUAGAAAGUGGUCAUUCACAAGAUUAUGCUGGAGCAUCUGUUCAUCUCGGACCGUUGGCAUCUACAGCUGCUUCAUCAUAGAGGCAUGGUGCAACUUUCAACCAACAAUUCAAUUGCUGAAAAAUUUGCAUGCUGGUGAGGGGUGGUAUAUUGGAGAUGAAGACUUGGAAACAUAGACUAGAUUAUUGGCUCAUUGGACAUCUGAAGGGCCCGUCCUAUGGUAGUGGCAAGUGGAAGAGAUAUCUUUUGUCUAUAGACAUUAGAAAUAUAAUAAGAGCAUUUUCUUGUAUUGUGUAGGAGAUCUGGGCGUAUGAUUAUUAAUAAGCUUAAGAUAAUUUAUCCAGAAAAGGGCCUAAGAUUCAAAAAGAGAGAAGGUAUGAACCACAAAAGAAAAUUCUGUGAUGAAGUACUGAUUUAGCCAUCAUUACCCCCACAUCUCGUUGAAUAAUAUCACGGGCAUUGUAAGUAGUGUCAAGGCACUCCACCACACAUCUUACUUUCCACUAUCUCAUCUCAGGAGCAUUGAAGUAGUUGCACAUCUCCGCCUGCACUUGUAGGAGGGAAGUUUGUUUUGGUCCAUGGACAGUGGCGAACAAGGUAGCUGUGGAUCUGGAGGUUGAAGAUGGCAGUCCAAAAGGACUUAGAUUCAUUGAGUCGAAGGGGGCAUUCAGAAGGAGGUACUGAAUUGCAUCCAUCAGGCGGCAAUUUGUGUUCCAUAGUCAGAAGGGGUUACUGGAUUGCAUCGAUUAAGAGACAAACAAGUAGUCAUUUGCAGGUCACCUAAUUUUGAAGUCAGACUUCUUAUUUAGCGACAUUAUCAUCUCGAAAUACAAAUUUGUAGGCUCUUGGAGAGGUUCCAAGGUUCCCAAAGGAUGUUCUUUCUUUGUGGAGAUCAGUUUGUAAGAACGCAGUUGCUGUUGAGGACAAUUUCAGAUGGAUCAUGGCUAAUGGGGAGUCAAUAAAUGUUUAGACACAGUUAUUUAUCACUUGAACUUCUCUAAACAGACAUCCUAUUCAUCUUAAUAUGAAUGGCUUUAAUGAUAACUUGAAGGUGAGCAAACUCAUUGAUCAAGAUGGAACUUGGAAUAUGGAGAAAAUCCGCUCUUCGUUCUGUGGGAACAUUGCUUCAGCAAUAACCUCUGUGGCUAUAAUUUUCUGUUCAGAGACAAAACGCAUCAACUAGGAUCACUUUUUGAAAGGGUUGGUACCGCCACAGUUCUGAUUCGGAUUCAAAUCUCUCCAACCCCCCUCUAAUCGUUUGUAUUUUUCAUGGAUCUGGACAAUAAGAUUUGCACCAAGAGUAGAGAUUUUCUGCUGGAAAGGUAUGAGGAGGUGGUUGCCUUGUGAAACUCUGCUUGCUCAAAGAGGCUUGCUGCAUAGUCUGGACACUUUUUGUGAUUCAUGCUUGGACCAGGUUGAUGAUAUACAUCAUGAUCUAUUUGAAUGUGGCUUUGAAA